AGUCGUCAGCUAUAAAGUACAUCACGAAGCAUAACACUGUUUUUUGCUGUACAUACUAAGAGAUCAUUUACACCACAAGAUACUAUUGCUAUAUUAUAACUGAAGAUCUUAUCUACUAUUAUUCUGUGAAUGAUAUGAGCAUACUAAAUAUAGAUAUUAUAUAGUUAUGUAGCAUAAUACUACAACUGUGUUAGACAUAACCUAAUAUGAUUCAAUUUAUGUAAACAUAACCUCUUCAUUCUAUCAAUUAUAUAUUCGAUAUAAGAACGUUCGUGCAUAUAUGAAUAUGUCCAUUCGACAGCCUUUAUCACGUUAUUAUUAAGUUAAUUAUAAAUAAUUAAGUAAUACGAAGUAUGGGACGUAGUCGUACACCUUCACCAGGAAGAAGAAGAGAUCGGUCUCGAGAUCGUGAUCGAGAACGCGAACGAGAUAGAGAUCGAAGAAGAAGACGUUCUCGUGAAAGAAGAAGAAGGUCCGUUGAACGAGAUCGAGUAAAGUCGAGGGAUAGAGAAAGAGAUCGUGAUCGUGAACGGGACAGACAUAGACGUUCGUAUAGCAGAUCUAGAUCAAGAGAAAGGGACAGACCUAAACCCAAAUUAAAACCCACAACAGAACGUCCUGUGAUUACAGAGGCUGAUCUUCAAGGAAAAACACCAGAGGAACAAGAAAUGAUGAGAAUAAUGGGCUUUUGUGGUUUUGACACUACUAAAGGCAAAAAAGUUGAAGGGAAUGAUGUAGGAGCCGUACAUGUUAUUCUUAAACGAAAGUAUAGACAAUACAUGAACAGAAAAGGAGGAUUCAAUAGACCAUUGGAUUUUGUAGCAUAAAAAUUAUAAAUGUGAUGAUUCCAUAAAAUUCUUUACCAUUGAUAGAGAUUC